GAAAGGAAAGAUGGUUAUCCCCCUGAUCAGCAGAGAUUGAUAUUUGGGAAAGAAAAGGUGGAAGAUGACCAUACCCUUUCCCAUUACAAUAUUCAACCAUAAUCAACUCUUCAGUUGAUUAUAUGUCUGAAAGAAGGAAUGCAGAUAUUUGUCAAAACUCCCUCGCAGGGAACCAUGACACUUGCAGUUGAGCCCUCGCAUACAAUUGGAAGUGUCAAUACUAUGAUGAAAGACAGACUGGGAAUGCCUGAAGAAGAACAGAAAUUGGUGUUUCAGGAUAAACCACUCAAUGAUGGUUGUUCUCUCUACGAUUGUGACAUUCAGACAGAAUCUACGAUUCGCUUGAUUCCACGUUUGCAAGAAAAAAUACAAAUUUUUGUUGAGACACUAUCAAGAAGAACAAUCCCUUUUGAAGUUCAACUAACAGACACUAUUGACAAUAUUAAAACAAAGAUUGGAGACAAAGAAGGAAUUCCUCCAGAUAAUCAAGUAUUGUCAUUUUUAGGAAAAACACUGAAAAAUGUUUGCACCCUUUUUGAUUACAACAUUCAGAAUAGGUCAAUUCUUCUGCGUGUGCAACAGAAUCGAAGGAUGAAGCUAUUUAUCAGGACCCCUACCGAAACAACCAUUACACUUGAAGUAAAUCCAUCAGAUACCAUUGAAAAUGUCAAGAUCAGGAUACAGGAACGACUAAGAAUUCCCGUAGAACAGCAGAAAUUGAUUUUUGAAGGAAAACCGCUCUCUGAUGAUCAUUCACUUGAUGAAUACGGCAUUCGACGGGGGUUUUCUGUUUGCUUAGUUCUGCGUUUGGAAGAAAAAAUGAAUCUUUUUGUUAAGAUAUACAAUAGAACUAUACCUCUUACAGUUAAACUGUCAGAUACUAUCGAAAGUGUCAAACGUAGGAUUCAAGAUUGUGAGGGAUUUGUCCCUGACAAUUAACAACUGAUGUUGAUGGGGAAAUUACUAAAAAAUGGGUGCACCCUUUAUGAUUAUAAUAUUCAGGAGGGCUGCACUGUGCAACUCAGAUAUAUGACGGUUGGUCCACCUGCAUCAUAAUUCUUUCAGAGUAUAAUUAAUAGGAACAUGUCAAUAUGCACAGAUGCUGUCACCUGAUUCUUCCGAAUGA